AUGGAUCAGGGUCGAUUUCCAGCAGUCCAGGUGGUCAUCGGUAGUCAGAACCAUUUCCAUGGCCCUCCAAAUGGCGCCUCCAACGGCGUCUCGAGUGGGAUGCGCCAGCUUCCCACGCGACCGUUGCUGGUGGAUGAAGCCUUGCAAUUUUCUCCAAUGACCACCGCGCCUGUGUUCGGUUUAGAUGAAGACGCAAUCACACGCCCCGACGUCGCCGGGCAAUCGUCGACGAAUUUUCCCGCAUACCCACGACCGGCUGCUCGUAAAAUGAUACAAGACCUUGAUACUGAAGCUCGGCUGGGAUCUGGAAAGUCCCCUCGACUGAUGGCUGUCUAUGGAGAACUAGUGAACGAACACCUUAACGCCGAUAGACUGUCGGAUUUCAAAUUCAAGCUCCCGACGGGGCUGGCAAGGGCGAACAAGCCAGCGCAACGUGACGACCGCUCGGCACUUACUCGCAACCUGAGCCCAUUCGCGAAAAUGGUAUUGAAUGGAACUGACGUAGCAUUCAACUAUCCCGAACCCAAGUUGCCUUCGUCAGGUGCGAGGACCGCCGGUAGCUCCUUCCUCCCAAGCCAUUUCCCCUCAACAUCGCUCGCUGCCAGUGCUUCUAACAAGAAAAUGUCUUCCGAACCAGGAUCAGGGAGAUUCCUCCAGCCUGCCGUCGUUAUUCCCCCGUUCGGCUCGCCAGGCGGGUCUCGUUCAGUAGCCGAUCAAGGUGGCGUCAAGAAGCGAAAGUUGAAUGUGGAUGGGGAGUCUUCUGUAGCCAAUAUAAGGCUCAAAGAUCAGAAGGAGGAGGCAGACGCAGCUAUUUUGAAGUUACAAGAUCUCAUGCAUGAGAUUUUCGAAGCAGAAGAUCAACUGGAGCCUGACACCUCAUCAGCAGCCGUCAGCCGAGAUUCAAAUUCCAUGUUCAGGAGUGCUAAUGUUUUGGAGGUCAGUGAGCCUAUUCUUGGCCCUGAGGCUCAUGGUCGGCUUCAAAAGUCCUUGCAGAAAGUUGUCAGCUUUGGGAGAUUGCAUGACAUCCCUUCCGAAUAUCUCAUUAGGAUCCAGAAGAUCUGCGAGAACCCUAUAGUGUCUGCACAAGGUCUGGACCUAAGACUGGAUGAUGCCUUGAACGACUCUGAAACCCAUGCUUGGCUUCAAAAGCUGGAGGAUAUAUACAACACACUGCUCGCCAUUGGCACACUACUUCAGACCAUGUCUAGUCGAAGACCCGAGCGAGACCUAUGCCCUGAAGAUUUAUUACAAGCAAUCCCAAAUGUCUUGACAACCUUAUUCGACCAAUGCAUAAUUCCUGCCGUGGAAGUACGCCCUGCUAGCGAAGAUUCAAGGCUGUUCGAGCUUGUGUCUCGUGAAAAAAAGACAAUUGGCACCCUAAUGCAUCAAUCCAGGAAGCUGCUCGGUCUUUUGGCAAGUUUUCUCUCGCGAAUAGACGUUUCUGAGGGCAUUAUCACGUCUACAGAGUUCUUGGCAACCAAGUUGAUUUUCGUCGAGAACGCACAUAAUGAUAAAGAGUCCGCCGUUGGAUACCAGAAAUUUGAAUCUGUGCGUCGUGCAGCAAUGGACGUUCUUGCUAAGGUCUUCUCCCGCUAUCCCUCCCAACGCCCGUUCAUUCUAGACGAGAUUCUGGUGUCACUUGAGAAAUUACCAUCAACCCGUCAGAAUGCCCGACAGUUCAAAUUGAUUGAUGGUAAAGCCAUACAGUUGCUUACGGCCCUGGUUAUACAGCUUGUGCAAACCACAGCUUUGGACAUACCACAAUCGAAAAAGAGCAGAGCGAGGCGAAAUCCUUUACUCGGAGCAGAUACGGACGAAAAUCAGGGCGAGAUACACACCAAGGAAGAAGAUAAUGUACAAGAAGAAGAAGAAGCAGCAGCAGCAGCAGCAGCAGAGAGUGACUCCGAGGACGAAUUUGGCUUGAAGUUAUCAUUGGAACGCCUUACGAGUCGGGCGAACAAACUUUACGACAACGCGGUUCGUAGUGCUCAAUACAUUAUCAAAUUUAUCGUCCAACGAGCAAUGACAUCCACCAAAACGGGCGAUCAACCUUACCGAAAUAUAUUGGAUCUUUUCACAGAGGAUUUGAUUAGUGUUUUGGGCUCGACAGACUGGCCCGCUGCUGAGUUAUUGCUUCGUAUUCUUGCAUCUCACAUGAUCGGUAUAGCUGAGCUUGACAAGAGUUCAGCUACCGCCAAAAACAUGGCCCUUGAAUUACUCGGUUGGAUGGGUUCUGGCAUCUCGGAUCUUUCAGUUGCCGCCCAACAUUUAAUUCCUUCCAUGGAAGAUGCAAACAACAAAGUUACUGAGUAUUUACGGCAACUCUACGACGAUCACGUAAGGCAUGCUUUGCACGUACAGGAUUUGAUCUCGUCACAUGGGCCUUAUCGUAUUACCUUGGAGUACCUUCAGGACCGUGACCUCGACAACUGGCAGCUUACCAGUGCUCGGGGCUACUACGUGGUUCAAUGGGCUAAGACGAUUACAUCUACAUAUUACGAUUCAGAAGAUAAGGCUGUGACUGUUCAACAGGAUCGUGGUCUUGAUGAUUUAUUAUCUAUUCUCCCUAGGCUCUUGUCAGAUCCAAAAUGGCUAGAGACUAAUAACCACUAUGACAAGAUUUCGACAGCUCACGGGAAAUUUGCCUACAUCCUGACGGUUCUAAAUAUGGGCUUUUCGAAAGCCUUUGAUACUAUUUUCAAGGUUCUUUUGAACUCUAUCACGAGUGACCAGGCAAAAGUUCGAAGCCGUAGCUUGAAAAGUGUUAUUACCAUGCUUGAAAAAGACCCAAGUUUGCUCGAUCGUGACACCUCAGUGAUGCGAGUGGUGCUUCGGUGUGCAGCUGAUGCUUCGCCCAUGGUUCGCGAUUCUGCGCUUUCAUUAAUAGCCAAGUGUAUUGGACUCAAACCAAGGCUUGAAGAGGAGGGGUGUCGGGCUAUUCUCGCCUGUGCGGCUGAUGCCACAGCAGGUGUUCGAAAGCGCUGCAUAUCUCUGUUAAAGGAUAUAUAUUUCAAUACUAUGCGCAAGGAACUCAAGCUUGCUAUACUCGAUAGCUUGCUUCAAAGAACAAACGAUUACGAAGAAGCUGUUGCGGUUCAGGCCCGACAAACGAUCGACGAAAUCUGGUUUACACCAUUCGUCGUGGUGAUUGAUAAUCUGCACGAUGAUCCUAAAGCUCAAGUUGCAUUAGGUGAACAAGUCUCCCUUGUGAUCAGCUUAGUGCAACGUAGUGAGACUGCGGUGGAUAGCUUAGGGUCAUACUUGAAGAAAAUUGUUUCUGAUAAGGUUAAAGUCCCAAGCCAAAACUUCAAGGUCUGCAAAGCGAUGGUCGCAAACAUGUUUGAGCGACUUGUGGAUGACCCUGGUGCUUUGGAGAAAAUAGAUCACCAGGCUCUUCUUCAAACGAUUACCAUCUUUGCGAAGGCUAGUGCGAAGCUUUUCAGCUCUGAGCAACUCCAAGCACUCCAUCCAUACAUUGGGCAUCUUGUCACUGCCGAUGACCUCUUUCUUUUCCGCUCUGUGGUUAUAAUUUACCGCAGUGUCCUUCCCUUUAUAUCUUCAGCGCAUAAUACCUUCCUCAAAGAUGUACAGAAUGAUCUGUUCAAGAGCGUGGCAAAACUUGCUCGAUCCGAACUGAAUGAAGUUAUGGCAUGUCUUUGGACCAUCAACGGGGUCCUACAAAACGCAGACAGGCUAGUCAAACUUACAAUCUCCGUGUUGAAGGGUAUCGGGCAAGCUAGAGGAGUUGAUCUUACGGACGGCAGUAAGACAGACUUAUUGAACCGAGCUCGCAGCUACAUUCGUAUUGCAGGCUGCGUGGGACGGCAUUGUGAUCUCGAGAAAUUUGAACCACAUUUCAAAAAAGCCUUUGUCUCGUGGAGAGGAGGCUCGGUAGCUGGUCUCCUGGUCGAUUUCAUCUUGCCUUUCGUGCAUCAAGGCCAACCACUGGAACUGAGAACAAUGGCACUCGAAAGUCUCGGAUCUAUUUGUCAAUCUUGGCCCGCGCAGUUCAGCCGGGAAGAACCCAGGGAAGUUAUAUCGUCUGUUUUCAAAGAAGACAAUGCUAGUCUUCAUAACAUCAUUCUUCGGGCUUUCUCUGAAUUCUUUGCCAUUCAUGAAGGCAAACUGGAGAAGCUUGUUCAGCCUACGGCUGAAUCGUCGGAUCCGGAAGCAGCAACUCGAUUAGGCGGAUCGUUGAAAGCCAAUGACAAUGAUGGUGCAGCAGCACUAAUUGCCCAGCACUUUCUACAUGAAAUGCUUCGGAUAGCCCACUCUAGUCAGGAUGCGUACGCGCUGACCGCCAUCGAGCUGAUAUCAAGUAUUAACCGCCAAGGUCUCGUGCAUCCUAAAGAAUGUGCUGGUGUCUUGGUCUCUUUGGAAACUUCAACCAUCCCUGCAAUAGCGAAGACAGCAUAUGAGACGCAUAAAAUGCUCCACCAGCAAUAUGAAUCUAUGUUUGAACGGGAAUAUAUGCGAGCCAUCCAGGAUGCCUUUGUUUAUCAACGAGACGUUGUUGGCGACUCCACGGGGGCAUUGGCCCGUCCCUAUACUGCAAAGCUUUCUCCUCUUUUCAACAUCGUCAAGAUUAGCAACAGUAAAUACCAGAAGAAAUUUCUUGCUAAUCUCUGCUCCAAGGUAAACAUUGACUUAAAGAACCUUGAUGUGUCUGGCAAUCCUCCCGAACAUCUUCUUCUAGCGAGGUUUGUCUGUCAAAACAUUGCUUUCUUUGACUACGCCCAGUUAGCGGAGUUACUACCAACUAUCACUUGCAUGGAAAGAAUUGUUUCGGCUACUGGUACCAUCGUUGCACAUUCUAUCGAGACCGAGCUGUCUCCUCCCCAGCUGGAGGUACCCGUUGUAUCCGAGCAAGUUGUGGCCGGUGCGCAGGUGAAUGUAAGCCCUCCACAUGCGGUUAAACCUUACAUACUGCGCCAACUUGCAACUGCGGCUGCUGUCCUAUCGAUGCUCUGGGAGACUAGAACCCAUCUGAAGCGACAGUACGGCGUCAACUCCAAUAUGAGACAUAAUGGAAAUAAGGCGAACAUCAAAGAACUUAACAAAGCUCCGACUAAGGUCCACGGAGUUACCGGUGACCGCUACUGGGAGGCUGUAACGAAAAUCAUGACCUGCCUUGACAGCGAGGACAAUAUGUUUCAGCAAUGUCAAAUGUUCACCACUUUACUUUCUAUCGACGACGAGCUAAAGGUACCUAAUGGCGAAGACGACGAUGUUGAAAUAGACGAUCUUGAUGAUGCUGCCGACGACGACGUGAAGGAAGUCAACGGUAGCAAAGCCAUGAAACGAAAGAACUCUCUUCAUGGUGGUUUGCCUUCAAAACGACCUAGAGGUCGACCUCCCGGCAGCAAAAAGCGAUCGAGCUCUGAGAUGGGAGAUUCUUUUGUCUUUCAAACAUAG